GUUGGCACAACACACAAAGGUGAGACACUGACGAAUAUAUUGCCUGUUUUUUAUACCAUUAAAAAUUCAUAAUGACGGUGAAAAAAUCAAACCGUUCCGGCGGUCUCGCUGCACUAGUGGCGCGACAGAAGCUCCACAAUGCCAACCAACAGCUCGAUAUCAUGACCAUAACUAAAUCUAUACCACAACAGAACUACAAUAUAAUUGUAGGCUUCAAUGAAAAAGACCAGCUACAACUCCUUAAUAAAGAAGAAGGUAACGACGAUGAUAAACAGAAAGUAAAUAAAGACUACACAGAACUGAAAGGCAGCAAAUGUGAGAAUAUCUCCAUAGAUGAUAUAACAAACUGUGCGAAUAUUGAGACUUAUCCAAAUUGUGAGAAAACUCUAGUCUUUUAUGUAACCAAAAAUCUUAAUAAAGAAGCGAUAGCUCUUAAAUUUGAAAACGAACAGGAUUUCAAGAGAAUUUACUUCACAUACAAAUAUUUUAAAAUGCGGAAUCGCUUGACGAAAAACACAAACAACUAUUCAAGUGGCGAUAGUUUGUUUUCUAAGAAGAAAACAUAUGAUUUGUUUAAGAAUAAGAAAAGUAUUGAUGAUUAUAAUCUGAAUGACAAAGGUCGGACGGAUUUCGAUUUGAUGCAUACAACAGACAAUGAUGGAGUAACUCAUAUAUCUGUACAGCAUAAAGGACUUAGCUCACGUUUCGAUCAACCCAUGAGUCUGAUUGGAAUAAGGAGUGACCUAAACGAUGUUGGUGAAAUAGAUAGUAUAAUAUAUACAGAUACAGAAAUUCCUGCAAAACCUGAUAGGAAGAGACUGUUUCAUAAGAAAGCGAAAGCACCUCCGCCUCCUUUGGUACUGAAAGAUACUCAACCAAAAGUUUUGAAGGGAGAAUUUGUAAGAGUAAAUGUUGAUAGAACACCAGACGUGAUUCCAAGAGAUAAUAAACUGAAUAAAAUACCAGAUAUUCUUAUGUUUAGAGAAAACAAACCGAAAUGGAAUAGUCCAACAAGCAAUUUGUGGUCAGCGAGUAAUAAAGUGACCGCUGGCUACGAGUCCGAUCGUGAGGAGUGGAAGAACAGUCGCUCGCAAUUCUCCACAACAGCGUUCGACAGUCUCGUGAGACCCAGUAAAAUGACUGUAGCGUUUACACUUAGAAAACCCCAAAGAUUGGAGCCGGUGCCACAGUAUUAUCGGUUAUCCAGUGAACCGAAACUAACACCAAUCACUUUUAGACCAAACAAUUAUAUCCAAAGGCCACCGAGACUACCACGUCCAGUACCAGAAAUGAACAGGAACCUACUCACUUCAGAUCACAGGAAGUUUACGUCUCUUCAAAACUUAGAAAUACCGAAGAAAUUGAGCGAACCUAAGAAACAGAAUGAGGUCAAGAAAACGAAUUAUUCAAACAUUUCGCACAGAAUCACAGGAUUGACAAACAAACUGAGGGACCUUGGUAAUCCUAGUAAUACAAUCGGUAGAUUUAAGGCCCAAUCACAUGGGGAUGUGGCUAACUUGAAGCCAGUUUUGAAGAUGAAUGGCCAAGAUGGAGGAAAGCGAUCAGUUAUAAGGACUUGCAGUGUGGAACCACCAAAGAAAGUGACAUUUAGCGCAUUUGCAACAGUGCAAGUUGUCUAAAUCUAUUGUGAAUAUACUAAUAUGUAUAUUAAUUUAAGAUAUUUGCCAUUGGUUUUAUUUAACAGUGGUGAAAUAUUUGUUUCAUGCUAAUUUGUAUUUCAGCACAGAAAGGAGCUUCAAAUUUUUGAACUCCAUUUACAAUUAAUGUUUCUAGUAUUUAGGCACUAAUUUUUGUUGUUUUCUUUUAUUAAUUAUGUUAGUUUAUUGUUUCGAUGUGGACAGGCCGGGAUUUUUGUGUAAAUAAUUCAUUACCUAUAUUUAAAAAUACGUUUGAAGUACGUAGAAAUAGCGCGUGUUUUUUUAUUACCUUUUAAUUUUCAUAACUUUAAUUUCAU